AUGGCUUCGUAUACGGAUGUAACGGGCGCGGCGAGCUCAGGGAAGCUCUCCAAGACGCGAAGCAAGCCAGUGGUGAAGCCGAUAUUGAAAAAGCUGUCGCAUUCAGAAAAGAACUCUUUGGACCUUGAUCGAGGGUGGGAUGAGCAGCAGACAACGUUUGGGCAUUAUGGUGGAAGUCUAGGAAGAGAGAGGGAAGGGUCUUUCGGGGGAAGGGACGUCAGCUUCAGUAUUUCGGCGACGGAACUCAGCCACAGCAGCAGCAUCGGAAACGGAAGGAGCAACUUCUCGCAUGCUCGCUCGACCAGUGGCACCUCCCACGUCAGUGUAGCGACCAGCGGCAGCGGCCACCGCAACGGCGGCAGCUUCGUCCAUCCCUUCCAGCAGACGCCGCGCACCUCGACACCGCCCCUGUCCUACGCCAAUUCGCUCGCCAGCAUCGAACACGGCGGCAGCAGUAGCGUCAGCAACAGCAACAGCAACAGCAACAGCAACAGCAACAGCAACGCCAACCCCGGAGCCACCGGACCCCGCGACUACUCCCCGACAAUCACCGAGGACGACGACGACGACCUGCUGGAUCAGCAUUACCUAAACCAUCGCAGCAAUUACCACGCCGCCGUCUCUUCGUCAAUACCCAUCACUAGCAACCCCUCAUCAUCGUCUUACCCCCGCCGACCCUCACUGGCCAGUCGCACCUCGUCCCUAUCCGACGUCAAUAACGGAACUGGGCCCCCCUCAUUGCGCAUCAACACCAGCCGUACAAACUCCAACGCCGCUUCUUCGCGGCUCGCACACGUCUCGAGCCACUCGGACAUUAAACAGUCGGGCAGGAUUUCCGACUCCAAUGUGCCCAACACGGCACCAGUGCUCUCGCCUCUAUCGUCAGCAUCUCCCUCAACAUCAGUAACCGCCAUGUCUCCCCUGCGCACAUCCUUGGAGGGCUUCCGUUUGCGUUCGCGCUCCGACCUCGAUUCCAACUACCACCAGGAGCGCAUCCGACUGGAGCGCCACCGCUGGGAGGAGAAGGAGCGCCUGAAGAACGAGAAGAGGGACAAGGAGGAGAUGCGCAAGCGAGAGCGCGCCGACAUCAAAGAGGCUUUGCGCCAUGAGCGCGAGCAGCAGCUAAUGAUGAAGCGGGAGGCAAAGGAGGCCGCCCGCAAGCAGAGCUUCUCCCACAGCGCCCGCAACAGCUCCAGCGACAUGAUCCGGCCCUCCAUCAGUCGCAAGAGGACGGCCCCCGAUGCCGAAAAGCUGGCCAUGGGAGCUGCCGAGAACGGUCGUGGUGUCGGGUUUGCCAGCCGCAACUACGAGAGCACUGACCAGGGCCAGGCUCCUGUGGCCGACGAGGUCAUGCUCGAGGGACCCCGUCGUUCCCUGACUGCCAAGCGCAAGACACAGGGCGCCUGGACGAGCUUCGUCUUGUGGUUUCGGACUAGAAUUCUGCGACUGCAUGACAAUAUGGCCAAGAAGUAG